AUGAAGAACGAACACCAGUACAACACGUGGCAUAACCUCGACAAUGAAUCUGACUCAAGCAUCGAAAUUGGAAAAUGGGAUGCUGAAUACGAUGAGAGGUCUCAGCAAAGGCAGGGGAGAUCAUUCCGGACCAGAGUGGAGCGGUAUCGCUGGUUGCUCGACACUGGCUUACUUCUGGUCAUUGUUGGUCUGCUCGUGGAGAAAAGGUGGACGAACAAUCACAUCUAUCAGUAUGAAUUCGCUGGCGAUAUCACAGGCUUUGCGCCGACAUUCUCACAGCAGAUAAUCACGUUCACUCCAGACCCAAUCUUCGCACCGGAGAACGCGUCUGACUUCUGGAGUAAAGACGUCCAACAAGCGUGGCUAAAUAUCGUCCCGGCAGAAGGCUUAGGUUACGUCGAAGUGAAAGAUCCCACACGGCACAACAACCUUCCCCAACCAAUUCACGAUUAUAUCAACAACACUGUGUUCACGACCUCAAUGACACACCAGUUGCAUUGUCUGUAUACAAUUCUCAACGCUUACAACACGAUGACGGUCACACUCGACCGUCCCUUCUUCCAAGUCAAUCCUAUCCAACAGCCAUGGCAUGUGAACCACUGCUUCGAGUACAUCCGACAAGCGAUCAUGUGUGCAGGUGAUAUUGCCUUGGAAGGAGCCGCGACGACUUUCCCACUAGGUCCAAACGGUGAGGAUCAAGGAGGCAGCGAUGGUUGGGAUGCAAAGCAUAUCUGCAAAGACUACAGCCAAAUUACGAAGUAUCUCGAGGAGAAGACCAUUAACCACGUAAAGUGGAUAUCUUGA